GAGUGCAAAACAGGACAUAUGUGUACUUUCUUUGUUAGAACGGUGAAGUUACACUUCAAACUAAAUACUGACUGAAAACAGAAUUUAUACUUAUGCAUAUACAGAUUCACAUAAAACAGGAAUAUUUUGCUCGUGAUAUAUGCAAGAAAUUAUUUAAGAAUGUAUAUAUAAUUUCAUUCAGAGAAUGAUCCUCGUGUAUGUGCUACAAUGUAUAAUAGUUAACAGAAAAUGAAACUUAUUUAAUGAACCACGUGCAUACUCACAGAAAAGAAAAAGCAACUCGUGCAGUUUUAUUACUUGUAUCAAGUGGCUCAUUUGAAGUCUUCUUUAAUAGCGCUUAAGAUGCAGAUGGAGAAACCUCAUAAAGUGAUAUGUUAUGUAAUAAAACAUUUCUUGAGUAACAGCAAAUUCAAUACAUGUGAGUGAUAUACGCUAGAACACAUUUAUACAAAACUAGUAUAAUACACAUGACCACUAAGCAGAGAUUUAGUCAAAAGUGUGACUUAAUUUGCAUGUUAGCUCCCGCAUUGUAGAAACAUCUUGUCCAUGCAAGCAUAAAAGUUAGAUAUAUAAAAAAUGCAUAAAGUAGUGCAUAUGUACAUUCACAUUACAGAAAGGCCUCAUUUAUAGUUAUUUGCAUCAAAAUAGUCAUUUGCAUGAAAGUACCGUUUAACUAUGCAGAACUGUAUCCAAACAAGGGAAAAAGCUUAUAUCUGCAUUAUAUGUAACCAGGCAUUUAAACAAAAUAAGGAAUUAAUCAUGCAUAAGAGUAUUCACACAGGAGAGAAACUUUAUGCAUGUGAUAUCUGUAAUAUGUUAUUUAAACAAACCAGUAAAUUGCAGGUGCAUUUGCGUGUCCACUCGGCAAAUAAAUCUCAUGUAUGUGAUAUCUGUAACAAGUCAUUCACAGUAAAAUACAAUUUAAUAGUGCAUAAGCGUAGCCACACGGGAGAGAAACCUUAUGUAUGUGAUAUGUGUAAUAAAUCAUUUUCACAGAAGCAUAAUUUAGUAACGCAUAAGCGUAGCCAUACAGGAGAAAAACCUUUUAUAUGUGAUAUAUGUAAUGUAUCAUUUGCAAGGAAACAACUUUUAUUGAACCAUCUGUAUAAUCAUGCUGAAGUCAAACCUCAUAUAUGUGAUAUAUGUAAUGCGUCAUUUGCGCAAAAACAUCUUCUAGCGAUACAUAUGUGCAAUCAUACUGGGGAGAAGCCUUAUGUAUGUAAUUUGUGUAGCAAGUCAUUCACGCGAAAGCAACAUCUAAUGGUACAUAUGGAUAUCCAUGCAAGGGAAAAACCUCACAUAUGUAAUAUGUGUAAUAAAUCCUUUACACAAAAUCGAUAUUUACUAAAGCAUACGCUUACGCACACAGGGGAGAAGCUUCAUGUAUGUGGUAUAUGUACAAAGGCAUUCAGACAAAAGCACCAUUUAGCAGAGCACAUGCGAGUCCAUACUGGAGAGAAACCUCACACAUGUCAUAUAUGUACCAAGUCGUUUGUACAGUUGAGUGGCUUGCAUGUGCAUUUGCUCACUCACACAGGUGAGAAGCCACACGUAUGUGAUUCCUGCAAUAAGUCAUUUACACGAAAACAUGAUUUAAUACGUCAUGUUCAAAUUUGCAAAUGGAAAGCUGAUUUUUCAAAUAUCGAGGAAGUAUAAAAACUCUCAGAAGUCAGUAUUCAUAAAGGUUGCCUUUAUCAUAAACUUAAUGUUUCUGAAAGAGUUCUUGAUUCAUGUAUCAAUAAAAGAUUUGCUUAGGUUUAGUA